CUCCCAUAAAUAUCAACUGUCAGCAUAUUCAUUAAAAAAAAAAAACCCUAAAACAUUGGCACAUUGAGGGAUAUCAAAAUCAAAAAGGUCUAUGAGUAGAUGAAUUAGUUGAUGAACUGUUAUGGACCAAGGUAAACCUACCCAAUCGCGAUCGCUUUUUUUACCGAAAACGGAACGGAUAGAGGAAGAUGAAGCUCUUACGUUGCAUGUUCAUCUACCUGGUUUUGCUGAGAAGCAUAUAGAUUGUAGGAUAGUUGCACCAUCACAUUAUAUCAGAGUCUGUAGUAAUCCCGCACUUAAAAACUGGCACUUCGAUACACUUUUCGAGGAUAUUCCUGAAAAAUUUAACCUCUAUGAAGCAAAAACCAAAUUUGAUGAUGAAACUCUAACCAUCAGAGUUCCAAAAGUAAUUCCUGCUCAAGCUAGUACUGGUGCAUUAGAGGCCCCAACAAGACAGGAAGCUCCAAGCCUACAAGAAAGUAAUACAAGCAGGUUAGGGCCUGAAAUGAGUGGAGAUGGUACUGCAAGACAACAAACUGUGGAUAAAGAAAUUAUAGAAACCAAAGGUGUUGAAGGUGGAAAAAGCAUGAGCGAAUGGAUGUCUCAAAAGGGUCAAGAUCAAAUUCCUUCAAAAGCUAAUUUCCCAUUAGCAUUUACCAGAAAGCUGCAAGUAGAUGAUCAAAGCACUAUAGGACAGGUUGGUGAUCAAAAGGAAGAGGAGAAGAGUGGUGAAAGUGUUAAUCAAGAGAAGGAAGGGGAGGUAAAGGAUAUGGAGAAUGCAAGUUCUUCUUCUGGAACGUCUGUGAAUCACAAUGUAACAAGGGGGGUGACUGCAAGGCUAUAUAUAGUAGAUAAAUUCACCAUACUCUCUUUGAUCCUGGCAAUUGGAGCUUAUGUAUUCUAUACCAUCUAUGGCCAAUCUAGAAAGAAGGCAGAAUGAAUAUAGAGAUGAUCAAGACUUGCAAAAGUUAGUUUGAUAUAUACAUCUAACUUCUAUAUGUACACCACAUGUAUUUCUUGUACAUGAGCAUGCCCCAUGACUAGCUUGAUGGCAUCAAUGAAGCAGCUAUUUACACUGUA